GGUCAGAGCAGAGAGCGUACAGAGAUAAAGUCAUCGAGCUUGAAUUGCAGCAGCUGAAAUUUCGGUUUACGCAGCGACACCAGCAGCGGGAUGGGCUCCAGCAGCUCCAGCAGGAACAAAAUCCCCAACGCCCAGGAGCUCAUGGACCAAACUGGAUUCUCGUCUGCUCAUCUCCUCCGUCUGUACGACAGGUUUGAGUGUCUGGACAGAGACAACAGAGGAUACCUCAGCCCUAACGAUUUUGAAGCAGUUGGAGGUUUGGCCAUGAACCCCAUCGGAGGCAGAAUCAUAGAUGCCUUUUUCUCUUCGGGACAGGAUACUGUGGACUUUUCCUCCUUUGUCCGGAUUCUGGCUCAUUUCCGUCCAACUGACAGAAACCGAAACAAAGAAGGAACACAGCAAGAGCUCCCCAACAGCAGGACCAGGAAGCUCAAAUUUGCCUUUCAGCUGUAUGAUCUGGACCGAGAUGGGAAGAUUUCCAGAGAGGAGCUUCUUCAGGUUCUGCGGGCGAUGCUGGGGCUGCAGGUGACGAAGGAGCAGCUGCAGAGCAUAGCUGAGCGAGCCAUUCAGGAGGCCGACCUCGACAAAGAUGAUGCCAUCUCCUUUGACGAGUUCAAAAAGUCACUGGAGAAAGUGGACAUUGAUACCAAGAUGAGUAUCGGCUUCCUGAAAUAAAGACACAACCUGCUAAGAAUUUACAUCAGCAUAAAGAUCCCAGUAGGGAACAUCUGCAGUUUGAGAUCAGCUCUUCAAACCAAACUGGAGAUCUGGUGGAUAAACUGCUGUUACUCCUGUGCAUGCUGGGCUGGAGCUGGAUUUGUAGUGUUCAUCAGCGCUCCCGUGAGCCAGCAUGCACAAAAGCAGCACAGACCCUAAAUGCAGUGCAGUCACGCACCUGAACACACCUGCGACAUGUUAACAGUCUUAAUAAGGGAAAAAUAAAGUUUUCUUAAAACCUUUUAA